AUAUAUUACUGAUUAUGAUGAAGAAGAAGAAAUGCAGUAUAUUACCUAUGAUGGAUCUGAAGAAGCCUCAGCCCAAGAAAUCUUCCUGGCCAUCUAUCAACAACUAUCUCCUUCCCGAAGAAAACAACUUGCUCAAUUGGAAUACAUUAAUGUGAAACUCUGUAAUGAAUGUUUAAUUCCUUGUGAUUCAGAUACUUGUGAAGAUUCUCAUGAACAUGAUGCAGACUUUGAUCUUAGAUACCCUGGAGAAGAAGCAAUCCUGGUUUACCCUCAUCAAAUAAUUAUGAUUGAUCUUUAUUUGGCAAUUGAAGUUCCUGUAGGAACUGUUUGUCAACUAAUGUCUCGAUCAUCACUAGCCAAGAAAGGAAUAGAAGUUAAAGGAGGAACCAUUGAUGCUGGAUAUACUGGAAAUAUUGGAGUUCUUUUGCAUAAUAAUUCCAACGAACCUUAUGAGAUCCAACCUAAUGAACGAAUUGCUCAAGCAAUCUUUUUACAACUCGCUCCAAUUGAAGGAAUGACAUCUGUAGAUACUAGAGAAGGAUUAGGAGAAUCAUCUCAUGGAACUCAAGGAUUUGGAUCAACUGGAAAGGAUGAAAUGGAAGC